AUGGUGCAGCCCACCUGGGCCUCACACCUUCGGGGUCUCCAGUUCUCGGGCCGCCGGGCUUUUGGGAAUGCCAAAACAGCCCACAACAACAAUUCCAGUCGAUUUGGGAAGUUCAUCCAAGUCAACUACCUGGAGAGUGGCAUCGUGAGAGGGUGGAUUUUUUCCGUCCUCUCUGCCAUCCUGUACCUGGGCAAUGUCACGUACAAGAAGAGAGCCACGGGCCGAGACGAAGGUCUGGAGGUCGGGCCCCCCGAGGUGCUGGACACGCUGUCACAGCUCCUGAAGGUGAAGCGAGAAAUCCUGGUGGAGGUUCUGACCAAAAGAAAAACCGUGACGGCCAAUGACAAACUCAUCCUUCCCUACAGUCUCAGCGAGGCCAUCACUGCCCGCGACUCCAUGGCCAAGUCCCUGUACAGCGCCCUGUUCGACUGGAUCGUGCUGCGGAUCAACCACGCCCUCCUCAACAAGAAAGACAUGGAAGAAUGUGUCUCGUGCUUGUCCAUCGGGGUCCUCGACAUAUUCGGAUUUGAAGACUUCGAGAGGAACAGCUUUGAACAGUUCUGCAUCAACUAUGCCAACGAGCAGCUUCAGUAUUAUUUCAACCAGCACAUUUUCAAACUGGAACAGGAGGAAUACCAGAGCGAAGGGAUCUCAUGGCACAACAUUGACUAUACGGAUAACGUCGGCUGCAUCCAUCUGAUCAGCAAGAAACCCACUGGGCUCUUCUAUCUGCUGGACGAAGAGAGCAACUUUCCCCAUGCCACGAGCCAGACGCUGCUGGCCAAGUUCAAACAGCAGCAUGAAGACAACAGGUACUUCCUUGGCACCCCCGUCAUGGAGCCGGCGUUCAUCAUUCAGCACUUUGCGGGGAAAGUGAAAUACCAGAUCAAGGACUUCCGGGAAAAGAACAUGGACUACAUGCGGCCGGACAUCGUGGCCCUCCUGCGGGGCAGCGACAGCUCCUACGUGCGGGAGCUCAUCGGCAUGGACCCCGUGGCCGUGUUCCGCUGGGCUGUGCUCCGGGCCGCCAUCCGGGCCAUGGCUGUGCUCCGGGAGGCCGGGCGCCUGCGGGCCGAGAGGGCGGAGAAGGCCGCAGGUCUGGGCAGCCCCGGCACCCACAGUCACCUGGGAGAGCAGCAGAGAGGACCCGGCACCCCAUCGGAAAAACUGUACCGCGAUUUGCAUGACCAAAUCAUCAAGACCAUCAAAGGAUUGCCCUGGCAGGGUGAGGACCCCCGUAGGCUUCUCCAGUCCCUCAGUCGGCUCCAGAAACCCCGCACCUUCAUCCUGAAAAGUAAAGGUAUCAAACAAAAGCAGCUCAUUCCAAAGAACCUGCUGGACUCCAAGUCGCUGAAGCUCAUCAUCAGCAUGACGCUGCACGAUCGCACCACCAAGUCCCUGCUGCACCUACACAAGAAAAAGAAACCACCGAGCAUCAGCGCCCAGUUCCAGACGUCCCUAAACAAGCUCCUGGAGACACUGGGGAAGGCGGAGCCCUUCUUUAUCCGCUGCAUCCGCUCUAAUGCCGAGAAGAAAGAGCUGUGUUUCGACGACGAGCUGGUGCUGCAGCAGCUACGCUACACGGGCAUGCUGGAGACGGUGCGGAUCCGGAGGUCAGGCUACAGUGCCAAGUACACGUUCCAGGAUUUCACAGAGCAGUUCCAGGUGCUGCUGCCCAAGAACGCCCAGCCCUGCAGGGAGGUCAUCUCUGCCCUGCUGGAAAAGAUGGACAUAGACAAGAGGAGCUACCAGAUCGGGAAGACCAAGGUUUUCCUGAAGGAGACCGAGCGGCAAGCCCUGCAGGAGACGCUGCACCGGGAGGUCGUGCGGAAGAUCCUGCUCCUCCAGAGCUGGUUCCGGAUGGUGCUGGAACGCCGCCACUUCCUGCAGAUGAGGCAGGCGGCCGUCGCCAUCCAGGCCUGCUGGCGGUCCUACCGUGUCCGCCGGACGCUGGAGAGGACGCAGGCCGCUGUGUACCUCCAGGCUGCGUGGAGGGGCUACCGGCAACGGGUGGCCUACCAGCACCAGAGACAGAGUAUCAUCCGCCUGCAGAGCCUCUGCCGGGGUCACCUGCAGCGCAAGAGCUUCAGGCAGAUGGUCGCAGAGAAGCAGAAGGCUGACGAGAAGGAGAGGGAGGCCCAGCAAGCCCUGAGGGAAGAAACAGCAGAGAGAGGGCCAGGCCAGGUGGCCGAGCAGGAGCAGGUGCCCAGGCAGGGCCCGGAACCAUCGGAGGACAGGGAGCCUUCGGCAGUGGAGCCCGAGGUGUGGCCAAGCGAUGAGCCUCUGGCAGAGAGCUCCCCACCGGAGGAGGUCCCCAGCCUGGAGAAACCUCCCGCACCCCAGAAGAACACGGCUGAAAGUCACGAGAAGGUGCCCAGCAGCCGAGAGAAGCGCGAGUCACGGCGGCAGAGAGGGCUGGAGCACGUGAAGCUCCAGAACAAACACAUCCAGUCCUGCAAGGAAGAGAUUGCUCUCAGAGAGCCUUCUGGAAGGGCCAUCCUCGAGCAAGGAGAGAGCCUCCCAGAAGACAGAAAGGAGAGCAGAGAAGACGAAACCCUUUCAGACUUGGGGACGGAGGCAGAGAACGCUUUUAAGCAGCAGCCGGAGGAGCCACCGCAGGCUGUUCCAGCCGGCCAGCUGCCCGGAGAAACCCCGAAGGUGCCCCAGGGUGGGGACCCAACGCCUGGCCACGUGGAACGGCCAACCAGCCUAGCCUUGGACACUAGGGUCGGCGAGCCCACCCCCAGCACCACCCCUGAGACUCCCAAGGACAAGAGCAAGCUGGGUGGUGACCUGAGGGCACAGGACAGGCCCGAGAGCCCCGGAGGCUCCACCCAGAUCCAGCGGUACCGGGACCCGGACUCUGAGCGGCUGGCCAGCGCCGUGGAGCUCUGGCGGGGCAAGAAGCUGAUGGCUGCCAGUUCCAGCACCAUGCUGAGCCAGUCCCUGGACCUCAGCGAGCGGUACCGGGCUAUGGAGGCCACUCUCACACCCACAGAGGAGAGGCGCAUUUCCUUAUCCACGAGCGACGUCUCCAAGCUCCUCCUGUCCCCGUCCCACACCAAGACUCAGCCUUCUACAGAAACGGUGGACGGGGAGGCCGGCACCAAGAAGCUGGCCAUCCAGAAGAAGAAGUCGGGCGACGCUUCUGCCGGCACAGAUUCCGGGCUGUCCCCAGGCUCCCAGGCAGACUCUAAAUCCACUUUUAAAAGACUUUUCUUGCACAAGAACAAGGAUAAAAAAGCCAGCCUGGAGGGUGUGGAGGAAACUGAGAACACAGUGCCAGGGCACACGGUGCUGGAAGCUGCUGCCACCAAGAAGAAUCUAGAAGCCUCCUCCAGCCACCAGCACCGCCACGCAGCCGGGGAGAAGCACGCCAAGGAGCCAGGAGGCAAAGGGAAGAAGAACCGAAACCUCAAGAUCGGCAGAAUCACCGUGUCAGAGAAGUGGCGGGAGUCGGUGUUCCGCCAGAUCACCAACGCCAAUGAGCUCAAGUACCUGGAUGAAUUCCUGCUCAACAAGAUAAACGACCUGCGCUCCCAGAAGACCCCCAUUGAGAGUUUAUUCAUCGAAGCCACCGAGAAGUUCAGGAGCAACCUCAAAACCAUGUACUCUGUCCCCAAUGGCAAGAUCCACGUCGGCUACAAGGACCUGAUGGAGAACUACCAGAUUGUCGUCAACAACCUGGCGGCCGAGCGGGGGGAGAAGGACACCAACUUGGUCCUCAACCUUUUCCAGUCGCUGCUCGACGAGUUCACCCGCGGACACACCAAGAAUGACUUCGAGCCGCCCAAGCCGAGCAAAGCCCAGAAGAAGAAGCGGAAGCAGGACCGCGCUGUCCAGCAACACAAUGGGCACGUAUUCGCCAGCUACCAGGUGAGCAUCCCUCAGUCGUGUGAGCAGUGUCUCUCCUACAUCUGGCUCAUGGACAAGGCCCUGCUCUGCAGCGAUCCCGAUUCUCAGCCAGCCCUGAGGCCCCCAGCCACCUCUGCAGCCUGCCCUCCACCUCGGCAGGUUACCCCACGUCCUUCCUCCAAGCCCGUCAACACACUGCCCCUGCUGCCUGAACUCCAGCACCUCUCUGGGCCCCCCGAGUCCCUCCCUCAUGUGCCAGGCGAGAGCGAGCCAGGCGCCGAGCCGGGCCACUUCGGCGUGUGCGUGGACAGCCUGACCAGUGACAAGGCCUCAGUGCCUGUUGUGCUGGAGAAGCUUCUGGAACAUGUGGAGAUGCACGGCCUGUACACCGAGGGCCUCUACCGCAAGUCGGGCGCUGCCAACCGCACGCGGGAGCUCCGACAGGCACUGCAGACAGACCCCUCGGCCGUCAAGCUGGAGAACUUCCCCAUCCAUGCCAUCACCGGCGUGCUCAAGCAGUGGCUUCGGGAGCUGCCUGAGCCCCUCAUGACUUUUGCCCAGUACGGCGACUUCCUCCGAGCCGUAGAGCUGCCGGGAAAGCAGGAGCAGCUGGCCGCCAUCUACACCGUCCUGGAGCACCUGCCUGAGGCCAACCACAACUCAUUGGAGCGGCUCAUCUUCCACCUCGUCAAGGUGGCCCUGCUCGAGGACGUGAACCGCAUGUCGCCCAGUGCUCUCGCUAUCAUCUUCGCACCCUGCCUCCUGCGCUGCCCUGACAACUCAGACCCACUGACCAGCAUGAAGGAUGUCCUCAAGGUCACCACGUGCGUGGAGAUGCUGAUCAAGGAACAGAUGAGGAAGUACAAGGUGAAGAUGGAGGAGAUCAGCCAGCUGGAAGCCGCGGAGAGCAUCGCCUUCCGCAGACUCUCCCUCCUGCGACAGAACACUCCAUGGCCUCUCAAACUGGGGUUUUCGUCUCCCUAUGAGGGGGUCCUGAACAAGAGCCCCAAGACCCGGGGAAGCAGUGCGGGCGGCCUGGAGGACCUCGGGGUGCUGCCAGAAGAGGAAGUGCCCAGCGGUGACGAGGACCGCGAGAAGGAGAUUCUCAUUGAGCGGAUCCAGUCCAUCAAGGAGGAGAAGCAAGACAUCACCUACCGGCUGCCGGAGCUGGACCCUCGGGGCUCCGACGAGGAAAACCUGGACUCGGAAACGUCGGCCAGCACCGAGAGCCUGUUGGAAGAGCGGGCCGGGCGGGGGGCCUCAGAAGGGCCCCCCGCGCCUGCUCUCCCCAGCCCCGGCGCGCCCGCCCUGAGCCCCCUCCCCGUGGCAGCCGCCCCUCCACGACGAAGGCCGUCGUCCUUCGUGACGGUCAGAGUGAAGACCCCCCGGCGGACCCCCAUCAUGCCCACAGCCAACAUCAAGCUCCCACCCGGCCUACCCUCCCACCUCCCUGGCCGGGCACCGGGUGCCCAGGAGGGUGCUGCCCUAGUGAGGCGCCGAGAGCCGCCCGCCCGCCGCCCGGACCAGGUGCACUCUGUGUAUAUCACACCCGGCACGCACCUGCCCGCGCGGGGCACUCGGGAGCCCCUGGACGAGGACGCCCAGCCUCCCGGGGCCAAGCGGAGGUACUCGGACCCCCCGACCUACUGCCUGCCCCCCACCCCGGGCCAGGCCAACGGCUGAGGGCCCACACAGUGCCAGAGGCCGCGUGUCUGAGGACGACCCAGUGCCGGAGCUGGGCGUGAGCUGCAGAGCCAGCAUCUGGCCGAGAAGGAUUCCGAAUGAAAAGCUCCGAAAGCAAUGUGAGGUGGGCGUCAGCUCUGAGCGCAGAGUCCAGGCGGGGAGAGGCCAGCCGAGGCCCGGUCGCCCUGGCUGGGCCCCCACGUCACACAGACACGCCCACCCAGAACACCAAAUCACGGUGGGCAGCCUGGCAUCUCCCACCUCCCUUUUUGUUUUUAUGGUAACUGUUUCUUCGUGCGUGGUUUACAUAACUUCAAACUGUAACAGCCUUAACAAGAGACCAAAUUGUUUUUUAUACGUGUAUGUACAAACUUUUAUAUUAACGCCCUGCAUCGCCCUUAUAACCUGGACAUGAGUCUUUGGAGCAAAGCCCGCAACAGCCGCCACACGGAGGAGGCCCAGACUCGCACUGAGGACGGCUCGAGGCCCGUGGUCUGAGGGCCAGGACCGUGCGCAGGGGAUUUGGACCCUUGGGGCACCUGACUGCCCCAAGUCCGUCUCAGACUCCUCCUCUGGCCCAGCUGGCAACCGGCCACCUGGCUGGCAUGCACUUGAGGGAGCACUGGAGCCUCUCUGGGGAUCAAGGCUGGUGGUUGGAGUCAGGACACAGGGUGGUAGGCAGCCUCCGCCCGCAGCACCACAGACCUCACAUCCCAGGGAGACUUGAAUGUGGCCGUCACUCUUCUGUCCACCACGCCCUGGACUCAGGAGGCUGGAGGAGGCCAUCCUUGGCACGCCGCCCGUUCCGUGUGGCGAACAGGAGCCGCGACUCAGGACCACUCACCGGCAGGGAGGGCAAGGCCUGGGGUUGUACAUUCCUACUGGUCAACAGUGACAGUCUGGGGAAUCUCCGGAGUGGGGCUUCCUCUCUCUCAGGCCUGGGUCGCUCC